AGAUACGUUACGCUGUCAUAGUUACAAUGAAAGACGCUUUGUGACCCCCGCGGUUAGUGAAUGGAAGGUGGUGCCGUCCUGCGUUUCCAUAUGGGCUACUGAAUCACGUCAAGAAAAUAUUAUUUUGAAUAAUUUAACAAAAAGGUGGACGUGCAAAGUUUAAAAUGUUAAUGCUGGCACUUUUAGCACCGUGAAAGGAAAUACCGUCGGAGCGGUUUGUGGAACUUUUUACCCCGAGAUAAGGAUGACAACAACACAAUAGUGUUGGCAACCUGAAAGUGUUUUAGUUCCCACACACUGGGUCUCACAUCAACAGACAACAAAGAUGAGGAUACAGGGACAGCCUGAGGGCGUAAGGAGGCGUCUGGAUUUAAAUGCAAUUGGUGAGCUCAGGGCUGUGGAGCUCAUUCGAGGUCGGGCAGGGUAUGGCUUUACAAUUUCAGGACAGAGGCCCUGUCUACUGAGUGGCAUCCUUGAAGGGAGCCCUGCUGCCCUAGUGGGACUCAAACAGGGAGAUAACAUCAUGGCCAUCAAUGGAACAGAUGUGUCCACUGCUUUGCAUGAGACUGUGGUGCAGUUGAUUGGGAGCUGCAAAGGACCCUUGCGGAUGGUGGUGCAUGCUGAGGGCCGAAUCAUGGGGAACCCCAUCCUAAAUGAUGCAAAAUUUGGGAGUGGCCAGAAAAGUGGUGUUUUCCAAAAGGCAGGUGUUCUUCGCACUAUCUCAGAUGAUUCAAGCAAUUCCUCCUUUAAGUCAAAUCAUACUAUUGCCACCAAACAGAGGCCAGUGUCAGAGCCUGAUAUGUCGCAUUGGUCACAACACUGGAGCUCUUUAGCUGAGCAGCCAAAGGAGGUAACUUCCAGGAUUGGGGACACUGACUCUGUGUUUACAGAUGCAGAAGAGGCAAAUCCAGACUGGAGUAUUUUAAACAUGACCUUGGUGGUUGGCUAUCUGAGCUCCACAGAACUGAUUUUAAACACUACAGAACCAGAGGAGGACUGUUUAAAAGCCAUUCGUGAGCGAAUACGACAGUUGGGAACAGAGCAGGACACCCAUACACUUGUGAUGAUGAAGAUCAUGUUUGACUGUGUUCGACUCUGUGACGACACAGGAGCUGUUUUGGCUGCCUUUCCAACUGAAAACCUGGUUUUGGGGGCUGUCUGUGCUGAAGACCCACGUUUUUUUUGCCUGGUGACAACAGCACAUAUAAUCAAUGGACGCGUACCUGAGGAUGGUCCUCUGCGGGCAUCGUGCCAUGUUUUCUUCAUUGACCCAGAGCUUGGAAACCACGGGGACCACAUAGGCAUUGCCGGACGUUUUGGGUUCGACUGCACUCCAGAUCCAGAUGCCUUGGGCUGCCUGGAAUUUCCUCAAACUCCCCAAGAUGUUCUUCAUUUUGUCACAGUCCUGUACAGCGACAUGGGAGAGGCUGUGGAGAGGCUUCGAGCCAAACUGGAUAUGGAGGCUCAGCAGCAAGCCAAAGUGAAUGGUAGCAGUGGCAAGCAAGGCAGUGCCAGCAGCAACGGGGACAGUGGAAUUGGAAAUUCGUCUCCCCCUGAGGAGAGAGCGGACAGGGAUUUCCCUUCUGCAAUCCAAAACCAUACUGGGGCCCACCUCCCCAGCUGUCCAUGGGAUUAUCCUCUGACUGAAGACCUCACCCCAAUAAACCUCUCCAAGAAUGACCAAAAACUUAAUCCAGAGAACAGUGCCAGCAUACAUUCCCUUUCAGAGUCACUACCUGGCCCUGAUUGUCUUACUAGCUUUUAUGGAGGUCCCCCACCCAGACUCGAGUUCCAGUUUAAGCCUCCACCUCCUCCUCCACCUUUGGAUAAAAAAACAAGUAUCUUUGGAGAUCCUCUCAGAAGUAGCCAAAGGUGGUUCUCAAAGCCAAAGUGGCCAAAAGCCCUAAGUAGUCAUCCUGAGCCUCAGGUGAUGUGCAGCAACAACUUUAGCCACUUGCCUCCCCCCAUGAAUCAGAUCCCCUCAGACAGGUACCGGUCAGCUGAAGUCCUGAUGCUUCCUCCCAGAGACGAAUGGACCAAAGGGUUUCUUGAACAGAGAGAGAAACAGCAGAGAGAUGGCAGUACCAAAAAUGGCUCCAGGUUUUGGGGUGUGGGUGUUAUCCGUGCCUCUAAACGCCGCUCUGCAAAAAAACGUCUCAGCUUGGCACGAUCACUGGAUGACCUUGAGUCUGCUGCUUCCUCAGAUGGUGACUAUAGUGGAGUCCAGUUGCAGGGAUGCUGCAGCCAAAGCAGCCUGAACAGUAAUGGCAGCCUUCCAGGAGCAGGCAGCCAUCGAGGGGGCCCAGAGCAGCGUGUGGCCAGCUGGGCCGCCUGCUUCGAGCGGCUCCUCCAGGAUCCAGUGGGUGUGCGCUACUUCUCGGAAUUCCUCAAGAAGGAAUUCAGUGAGGAGAAUAUCUUGUUCUGGCAGGCCUGUGAAUACUUCAGUCGUGUUCCUGCAGCUGAUAAAAAGCAGCUCUCCCAGAGAGCAGGAGAGAUCUACAACAGCUUCCUGUCCAGCAAGGCCACCAUGCCGGUCAACAUCGACAGCCAGGCCCAGCUGGCCGAUGACGUCCUCACCUCCCCACGGCCCGACAUGUUCAAGACACAGCAGCUACAGAUUUUCAACCUGAUGAAGUUUGACAGUUAUUCACGAUUCCUCAAGUCCUCUCUUUACCAAGAGUGUAUGCGCGCUGAGGUGGACGGCCGACCCCUGCCCGACCCCUACCAGAUUCCCUGCAGUCCCGCCCCCUCGAAACACAGCGCCAGCUCUGACCGCUCUACACUUUCAACUCCGAAAAAGGAGGCCAGAAAGCAGAGGUCAGGGAGGUCACUGAAUGAAGACAGCAGAGAUGAGAAUGCCGACAAGAAACGAGGCAUCUUCUUCUCGUGGUCCCGCAACAGGAGCUUUGGGAAGGGCCCAAAGAAGAAGGACAUUGGAGACAUUAACCUCGAAAACUGGGGCAGUAAUGGGCGUAGGGAGUCCCAGGGCUCCUUGUCGUCCAGUACCAGUGUGGAGAUGCCCACAUCCUGCUCUGCUGGGAAGCUUGAGUCUGAUAAUCGUCACUCAGUUGGAGUAUGGGACCGCUCCCCUAGACAGUGCAGUGUGAUGCUUCCCGACGGUUCCUGUUCGUCUAUAACACUCCGGCCAGGCGCCUCCAUAAGGGAGGUACUACAAGAGCUCUGUCACAGCAUCAAUGUCAACAUCGCUGCUGUCGACCUCUUCCUGGUGGGAGGGGAGAAGCCUCUGGUUUUGGACCAAGACUGCAUGACCCUCAGCUCACGAGACUUGAGAGUGGAGAAGCGGACUUUGUUUAGAUUGGACCUGGUACCCAUUAACCGCUCUGUAGGGUUGAAAGCCAAACCUACUAAACCAGUCACCGAGGUCCUGCGUCCCGUGGUGGCCAAAUAUGGUCUCCACCUUAGUGAUCUUGUGGCCAAAAUAAGCGGGGAAGCCGAACCUUUGGAUCUCGGUGGCCCCAUAUCAAGCUUGGAUGGCCUGCGGGUUGUGUUGGAGCGAGCUGACCCAGCUUCAGGCAGAGACAAAUCAAAGUCUUCUUCUUUAAAAGGCCAUCCUCCAACCAGGAGUUUUUCUGCUACAGGAGUUGAGAGGUCAACACCAAAGGACUUUUCUGUGAGAGCAAGUGGACCAGACUCUGCACUCCCAGGGGAAAAGAGAAAACAGAAAAAGAUUAAUAUAGAUGAAGCUGAAGAAUUCUUUGAGCUGCUAAGCAGGGCACAGAGCAGCCGAGCCAACGACCAGCGUGGACUCCUGAGCAAAGAAGACCUGGUGCUUCCUGACUUCCUGCGCCUAACUCCUCCCAAUCUGGUCUCCACCCCUGACUCCCUGAAACAGAACCGAGAGAAUGGCGUCUCCUCACGGGGGGCCCUCACCUCCAGCCUUCGCUCAGAGAGCCUGGACUCCUCUCUCAGCUCCAGUGCUAAUGGACACUCGGGGACCAGGCGGUGUCUGUUGCCACCUCCUCGCCACCCGACUUUUGGCACCCACCUGUCCCCCAUAUCCCGGCCAUCAGAUGUCCGGCCGAGCCUCCGCACCGUGGAGGAGGACGCCCACACUGACCUGACCCUUGUGGGGGAGGGCGACAUCAACAGCCCCAACAGCACACUGCUGCCUCCAUCACCGUCCUCGAUGCCGUCCCUCGAGGGCAGCCUGUCUGAAGCCAACUUCACCCCACCACCACCCUGCUCCCAGUCUCAAGAUGCAGGUGGAGAGGGAAAGUCCAGUUCAGAGGGAAGAACAGACCCAAACUCCAACGCCAAAUCACCCAGCGAUAAAGCUGACGCUGCACAGGCGGUUCAGGAGGUGAUGGAUGUGGAGGGAGUACAUCUAGAGGAGGGAACACUUGAAACAUCCCAGGGUGAAGACUCUGAGCUCAGCCUGAGCUUCCAGGGCUAUGUCGCUGAGCUGCGACAGUGCCAGAGCAAGAUGAGGAACGCCCAGAUGCCCCAUAACGGCCGCAACCCACCAGAGGGCAAGGACUGCACAACAGACCUUUACAAAGCCACAGUUGUCUAAAGGGAACCCCCACUGCUGCACUUUUAAAGCCUGAGGCACUGUCUUUUGAAAGGGAAUUAGAUAAACGAUGGGCUGCAUGUACAAAGUUGCCAAUUUACACUCCAAAAAAAUUUUAAAAAAUCAAUAUUAUGGUGAUAGAUAUCGUAAUUUUGUUUUGAAAUCUAGUGUCUUCUUGUUUUUUGUUUUGUAGUACUGGUUACUGGUUGUAAUUUUGGGACAGUGAUAUGUUUUUGUUAUGGUAUAGUUUAAUAAUGAAGUGCAAAUGAAUUUUAUUAUGAGCCAUUUUAGACUGAGGGCAACCAUGGAAGAGGGCUGAAAUUAACUUUUGGGUACCGGUUUCUAAGUUGUAAUUAAUGGGUUUAUUAUAAGUCUUUACUUCUUAAAAAGCCAUCCAAAUGAAUUAAAGUGCUGACAAGAGUAAGCAAUGUCAGCAAAAGAGAUUAACAAUCAUUUAGUUUAUUACAAUUUAUAAACAUCAUGGAGGCUACAUUUUGUCAAAAAAAUAUCCUAACAGUUUCCACUUACCUGCUUUUUCCAUUAGCCUUCCACUGAAGAAGACUAUGCGACGCGGUUGAAAGCUCUGUGAUGUUAUUAACAUCUUGACUGAUCUCUGAAGAAUUAUCAAAUGACUGAAUUUAUUAAAGAAUAAUUAAGCUAUUAAGUACAACUCACAAUAUAGUGACAUAAUGUUAUUAGCUUCUCCUGCAUAGACAUCUGAAAAAAACUGUAAGUGAACCUUGUGUUUGAAUAUAUUUUUUUUUUUCCCCAAAAUAUUUGCUCUAGUAGAAAGUGGUGCCCACUUUUUUUUGGACCAAAGGCUAGACAGGACUCUGUUUUUAGGAUCAAAAGGGAGGCACAGUUUUCUUGGAUAUUUAAUUAUUUCCUGUUUACAUCUUCUUCCUGUGUUUUACAGAUAAUACAUGACGGUACCUUUAUUGCCUAUAGUUCCUGCUUCUGUGGUUUUGAGGUUGUCCACAUGCUGAAUGAUUAAAAAGCUUUGAUGGCUGUAAGCAACAACCCUGAUGUUCUUUUCUUUUGUACAUUGUAUAUGAUUUGUUCUGAGAGCAGGGAAAUCCUCACCAACCAGUCCUGACCUCUAGUCCACCUUGUAAAAACAUACCUGAACUACUACUCUGUUGUAGUUUAUAACCCAACGCCUUACGUAAGAUACAUUCAAAGCCUUGAAUUCUCCUACUUGGCUAAUUGUGUUUGCAAAGUUAGUCAGAAUUGUAAAUAAUUAACUGUAUAGUUAUCUUAGUUGAACCAUUUCUUCUUGUGAAACACACUACCUUCACCUGAGCAUUUGUCACUAAUGUGGAAGUGCUGUUUAGCUGUCCAGCCUCCUCUUUGUAUUUUUAGCUCAGCAUCUGGAGAGGGAUUAUUACAGCUGGUGAAAAUUAGAGGUUAGAUUAUGAGACUGGGGAGUUUGUCUUGACCGAGCAUGUCAGUGCUGGAAUGCUGACAACCCAUGAGGCCUAUAAAUGGUUGGUUGGCUUCACUUUCAUACUUCUUCAUUACAAAAGUAAUCCCUACCAGAUCCUUGAUACAUGAUCAAAUUAGACUUCUUCUUAUCUUAAAAACUUGAGGUAUAAGUCAUUCAUCCACCUGUGAAUGUUUUGAUGUCUAGACUCCUUCCUCCCACUGCCUAUCUGCUAUUCCCCCACAGCAGCCACUCUUAUUUUGAAAUGUGUGCACACCUGCAUGGCUUCAACCUCAUUUUGCAGAAAUGAACCACGAAACAUUGCACUUCCCACCCUGAUGUAAUACAUGUUUUUGUCAGCUGUGACUAGAGAGGACCAACUGAGCUAAAAUUUAUUCUGAAAUGGUCAUAUUCUUAUACAUUUUUAUUUGAAACGCAAAUCUUCUGACUUUAUCCUCUGAAUCUUUAUUGUUUUUAAAAGCCUGAAGAAACCAGGAAGUUGUCUCUCAGUCUCUUGCACUCGUACUUUAUCGUCAUCCUACGUGGGGAAAAGUUUUCCUUAACCUGUUGAUAAUAUAAUGUGUACAACUGACUAAUGGUGUACGGGGUGCAGCCUACUAAUUUCUACUUCCCGUUUUGAUUAAAAAAAAAAAACAAAACUAAAAAGUUAAACUAAAAUGAAAAGUUUGUUGUUGUUGUUUAAUUUUGUUGAAGUUAUUAAAGGAUCUCUGAGCUGG